AUGGCCUCUGAGGAUCUGUACGAGGUUGAAAGGAUCCUUGAUAAGAGGAAAAGCAACAAAGGGAAGACGGAGUAUUUCGUUCAGUGGAAAGGCUAUGGCAGGGAGGAUGCCACCUGGGAGCCAGAGCAGCACCUGGUGAACUGCGAGGAGUGCAUCCACGACUUCAACCAGUGCCACAGUGAGAAGCAGAAGGAGGGCACCUUCUCCAGAGCCAACCAGACCUCCGCAAACAAUGGCCAGAAGCGGAUCUCCAGAUCCACCAGCAGCAGCUUCUCCAAGGCUGCCUCCAAGGCCCUAGUGGUGGGCAAGGAGCAGGAGGCCAAGAGCAGCCUGCUGGUUACUGCCAGCCAGAAGUUCAGGAACAGCCCCAUGCCGGGCAUGGCCACCUGCAAGAACAUGGACCUGGCCAAGUCUGACAUCAGGAUCCUCGUGCCCAAGAGCCUCAUCCAGGGCAGCACCGGGGUGCAUGGCUUUCAGGACGAGAGCCCCGAGAAGCUGGACCCCGUGGAGCAGGGACUGGAGGACACAGCAGCCAGGGAGGUUGUGGCCAAGAAGCCAGGUAGGGGCCCUUCUGGGCCAGGUGGUGGUGCGGGCCUGGAUGGGGAGCUGCCUGUGGAUACACCCGCUGGUGCAGCAGGUGUUGGCCCUGCAUUGGCGGCCAUGACCACGGGGCUGGCCGUGAACGGGAAAGGCAUCUCCCCGUUCAUGGGUGCCUUGAUGGCUAACGGGAUGACCUCCCUGCAAACGUCAGCCACGGACAUAACGGCCGGGAAGAGGAAGUUCAUCGAGGACAGGCGAGACCAGCCCUUUGACAAGCUGCUGCGCUUGCACGUGCGGCAGACAGAGAGCGCCUCCAGGUACCGGGACAUCAUGGUCCGGAAGCAGGAUGGCUUCACCCACAUCCUGCUGUCCACCAAGUCCUCUGAGAACAACUCGCUGAACCUGGAGGUCAUGAAGGAGCUGCAGAGCGCGCUGAGCAUGGCUGGGGCCGACGGCAGCAAGCUGGUGCUACUCAGUGCCGUGGGCAGCGUCUUCUGCUGCGGCCUGGACUUAGUUUACUUCAUCCAGCGCCUGACAGACGACCGCAAGAGGGAGAGUGCCAGGAUGGCUGAGGCCAUCAGAAGCUUCGUGAACACCUUCAUCCAGUUCACGAAGCCUAUUAUUGUAGCUGUGAAUGGCCCGGCCAUUAGCCUAGGAGCAUCCAUCCUGCCUCUUUGUGACCUGGUCUGGGCCAACGAAAAGGCGUGGUUCCAGACGCCCUAUACCACCUUCGGACAGAGUCCAGAUGGCUGUUCCACGGUCAUGUUCCCCAAGAUUAUGGGAGGAGCAUCUGCCAACGAAAUGCUGCUCUGCGGGCGGAAGCUAACGGCACAGGAGGCGUGCGUCAAAGGGCUGGUCUCCCGGGUGUUCUGGCCUGGGACUUUCACCCAAGACGUCAUGGACGGCAUCAAGGAGCUCGCCUCUUGCAACCCCGUCGUGCUGGAGGAAUCCAAGACCCUUGGGCGCUGUAACAUGAGGUUGGAGCUGGAGCAGGCCAACGAGCGGGAGUGCGAGGUGCUGAAGAAGAUCUGGGGCUCGGCGGAGGGCAUGGACUCCGUGCUCAAGUACCUGCAGAGGAAGAUCGAUGAGUUGUAA